UUCUGUUCCAUUUUGUGGUACUAGGAAGAUGGGAAAGGCAAGCAGAUGGAUCCGAAACUUCUUGUUAGGGAAAAGGGAUGAGAAAGAUAACAAGAAGAUCAAUACUUCUAUUUUAUCCGUGUACGUGACCACUAGCAGCAGUUUACCACCACCAGCUCCGAAGAUAAAAAGGCGAUGGAGCUUCGGGAAAUCCCCAGCCAAAGGCAAGGCGCACAAGCUCUCGAGGUCGAUGGACUCGGUCGAGACCGCUCAGCUAGUGAUGCAAGCAAAGACCGAGUUUCAGCUUCAGCGUGAUCGCUCAUUGGCAUUGUUGGCCAUAGCCAGUGAUAAACAUGCAGCCGCGACGAAAAUACAAGCCGCCUUUCGCUCUUACUUGGCAAGGAAAGCAUUAUGUGCUUUAAGGAGUUUAGUCAAGCUACAAGCCCUUGUGAGAGGUUUCCUUGUGAGGAAGCAAACUACAGCCACUAUACGGUGCAUGCACGCGUUAAUGUCAAUUCAAGUUCGAGCCCGUGUUCAAAGGAUCCAGAUGGCAGAGGAAGCGCAAGUCGUGAUUCCUAGGCUGUCAUCAGUCCAUAGAAAUUCAUCGCAGGAUGGUGACAACAGAAAAGUACAGAAAGAACCACUGGAUAGAAAUCUGAUAGAGUCAUGCCAAGUCUCAAAGAGCAAGUGUGGCUACUUCAAUCGCCCAAAGGUGGAAAGAAGAACAGAGCAAGGCUUUACCACUUACUUUUCCGGGGACGUCUCGGUAGUGAGACAAGGACAACAGUACGAGGAAUACUUCUUUUCCUCGGCACAAAACACUCCCCGAGACGAUCGGUCUGUCAUCACGAAAACGAGAUCAACAAGAGCUUCUUUCACUUUUCAUCACACAGAUACUGCGGACUCUGCAUCUCAGAAUUAUGCAUUGGUGCCGCAUUACAUGGCAAAAACGGAGUCGUCGAGGGCGAAAACCAGGUCGCAGAGUGAACCGAAGCAGCGGCCCAAGCGAAGCGCGCGGCAGAAGAGCAAGCGGACCCCAUCGGUGGAUGGUACAAGCAUACAGCUUGAGACUCAGUCAAGAGACUUCGCUCCGGGGGCGAAACUCGCUUCUCGAGAAAAUCAAGAACCGUGGUUCGUGAAGCUCUAUAAGUCAAGGAGAUCAUUGAAGGACAGCGAGAGUGAUACGACCACCAGCAAGGUGACUAGUCAUUCCAACUAUAGCAGAUCUCUUGUCGCUUACGAGGUACGAUUUCAAUUGAAGCACAGUCACAUCACUACAUACAUGACUUCUACUCAGUACUUUCUUAACAAAGAUCUUGAACUUUUUGGAUAUGCUUGCUGUAGCCGCAUUUGGCUAUGUUCUGAAGAAGGCAUAAAGCAUAUUUCGGAGACCCGAGUGUGGUGUCAUCGUGGCGAAGGAGGUGGCUUUGCACAUGAGAACGCAGAAGAUAUUUCUUUGGUCACCAAGAGAUUCAGAUAUGGAUUGUAAUUGUGUGGAGCAUAGAGAAAAAGCAUUACCACUGUUUACAUGUUCAAUAACCUAGACAAAUGCCCAUUACUGGUAAA